ACUCCUCUUCUCCACUCCUCUUAAAAGACAGCAGUUAGUAUAUGGUAGUUACUGCCUACCACCAUUAAGUCGACCCUCGGCCUCCCAACCAUUUUUCCGAUCUCACCAUAACCGGAAAGAUAGUACGGCGUCAUGGCCAGCGAGUUCUCGGCGUCAGUCGAUUACGGUUUUCAGCUGUCGAAACGGAUAUACUACGGCAAGGGAGUAACACCGCCGCCGGUUCCGGAGGUGAUGACGAAGUCGGUGUCGGAGAGUUAUUUACCGACGGCGGUGAUGGCAUACGCUGCGAUAGUGGAACCCGAAGUUGUGGAUAAUCCAGAUGUGCCGAGUUACCAGCCGUACGUGCACGGAAGGUGUGACCCGCCGGCUCUGAUUCCGUUGCAUAUGCACGAUGUGUGCAUGGAGGUGGACUGUUGCAUGGAUACUGCCUUUAUUGCCGUCUCUGGUGUGUGGCGCGUGCACUGCAUAAUGGCGGGUAAGAGCUGCGAUUGCCGGAUUGCGGUGCCGAUGGGAGAGCAGGGUUCACUUCUAGGUGUUGAGAUUAACAUUCCUGGGACCGGGAGGUCAUACAAUUCCAAAUGGGUCACGUUGGAGGACACAGAAGAGACCAUGACAGUACCAAAAUCCGGAGAUGGAAGGUUCUUGAAACCCCAUUUGUAUACUUUGAAAAUUCCGCAGGUUGAAGGAGGGUACAAACUUUCAAUUAAAGUCAGGUGGUCCCAGAAAUUAUUGUACCAGGAGGGCCAGUAUCAUCUCAAUGUGCCUUUUACUUUUCCGCCAUAUGUUAUUCCUGUUGGGAAGAGAGUUUCCAAAAGAGAGAAGAUACUCGUGAAUGUGAAUUCUGGCAUUGGUACUGAAAUUUUGUGUCAAUGUACCAGCCACCCCGUAAAGGAGCUGAGUAAUGAUGUUCGAAAACCAAGUUUCAUUUAUGAAGCAGAAGUAAAGGCUUGGUCAAGCACAGACUUUAAUUUUUCAUAUGCUGUUUCUUCAGGGGAUAUUAUGGGUGGGGUGCUUUUGCAAUCUCCAUCAUUGAAUGAUUUGGACACAAGAGAGAUGUUUUGCCUCUAUCUUUUCCCAGGAAAUGACAAGACUAAGAAGGUAUUCAGAAGAGAGGUGGUUUUUGUCAUUGAUAAUAGUGGAAGUAUGCAAGGAACCCCACUUGAGAGUGUUAAGACAGCAGUAUUGGCCUCUCUGUCCAAGCUUAAUCCAGAGGAUUCUUUUAACAUUAUUGCUUUCAAUACUGAGACCUGCUUAUUCCCAUCAACAAUGGAGCGGGCUACACAUGCAUCAAUCUCAAAGGCCACUCAGUGGCUCAACAAUUUAACAGCAGAUGGUGAUACAAACAUUUUGAUUCCCAUUCAACAGGCAAUAAAGUUGUUGGCCGAUGCAAGCGACUCAAUUCCUCUUCUUUUCCUCAUAACUGAUGGGGCUGUUGAAGAUGAAAGAGAGAUUUGCAAUUCUAUGAAAGACUAUAUGACAAGCAGAGUAUCAAUUUCUCCUCGUAUUUGUACUUUUGGCAUCGGUCUAUAUUGUAAUCAUUACUUCUUGCAAAUGCUUGCUCAAAUUGGACGAGGCCAUUAUGAUUGUGCUUAUGAUGCAGAUUCAGUUGGCUCUCGAUUAGAGAGAUUAUUUACAACGGCUUCUUCAGUCAUUCUGGCCAAUAUAACCAUAUGCAUGCCUGAAAAUCUUGAUGCACUGGAGUUGUUUCCAUCACAUAUUCCAGAACUUUCAUUUGGAAAUCCUUUGAUUGUCUCGGGCAGAUACAAAGGAGACUUUCCAGGCAACAUUAAAGUUAGUGGCCAGUUGGGGGACAUGACCAACCUUGUAACUGACUUGAAAGUUCAAAAUGCAAAAGAUGUGCCAUUUGACAGGGUAUUUGCAAGACAACAAAUUGAUGCUCUCACAGCUCAAGCAUGGUUCUUAGGGAGUAAGGAGCAUGAGGACAAGGUUGCCCAAAUUAGUUUGCGAACUAGUUUUCCAUCUGAGUAUACCUGCAUGGUUUUAGUUCGAGCUGAUAGCGAGAAGAAAGGACCAGAACGCAUUCUCCUACAGGAGAUAUUCAACAAAAUCAACCAGUCAUUAACAAAGGGAGAUGCCAGUAACCAGAAGAUCAUUUUCCUCGGAUCCCUUGGUGUUGGUUUUGGCAACUUAUCAGCAACAGCUAACAAUAAACCUCCAGGAAGUGAGGAAUCAAAGCCACCUGAAGCUGCAGAGAUUUUAGUUAAGGCUGCUACCAAUUGUUGUGGUAGGGUGCUUGACCGCUGCUGUUGCAUGUGCUUCAUCCAGGCUUUAACGUAUGUUAAUGAACGAUGCUACAUUGUUUCUUCACAAAUCUGUGCUGGUCUUUCUUGUGCCGCCUGCUUGGAUUGCUGCAUUGAUCUCUGUGGUUGCAUUAAUUGAGGAUGAUACAUGUUUAAGUUUUUAAAAAUUGAAAAGAAGUUGGAAACAUAGAAAAGUUCCAUGCUGAUUAUGUGUGUAAUGUAUACUCUUUGUAAAUUGUACGAAGUUUGUGGAAUAUAAAUAUAAUAUGAGCUUCUUU